AUACGUAUUGACCAUCGAAAACAUUACCUGUUUCCGUUAGCAAAACAUGUCAGUAAACAGACAAGCUAGCUGACGCUUUGCACUCAGUGAAUUUAUAACGCUAGCUUGUUGUACAAAAGUACUGGUAACGCUGUCUGCAUGACAUUUACGAUAUUUAUAAUACAAUUAGGCAAAGCAGAGUAACUGAAGUAGGGAAAGUUGUCUAUUUGUAACUGAUCAGAAUGGAUAUAAAAGGAAUUUCCUUGAAUAGCUAAUUGGUAAGAGGGCUUGGGAGUCAUUUUCAGUGAUAACUUGGAUGAAAAAAAAUCUGUUCCCUGGACCGCAGUGCACGUCUUUCAUCAUGUCCCAGACCAACACUUCUCUCUUGGACGAGGUGGUGCAGUGGAGUCAGGAAACCUGUCGCCAGGAACUCAAGUCUGUCCUGCCAAAGCUCACUUCUUUGCAUUGUCAGUCUGACAGCUGGGAUGAUCACAUACGUAUAUUGAAGAUAAUUACGGACAUGUUCCUCCCUCAUAUUGGUUUGCCAGACUUGGAGGAUGAAUGCUUCUCCAAGAUCUUACCAAAGGCUGUGACGAUGUUUGACAGCAUGAUGAAAGAAAUCAUGGACCAAGUCGGUGGACUUUCAAGUCAAAACACUGAACUUUGUGCCUUACUGAGGAAUAUACUGCAGGCAAUGAUGCAGAUAAUUGAUGCGCUAUCCACUUGUGUGCGUCAUGUUGGCUCUUUGGAGGAAGCCCCUGACCUGGAUUCUAUCCGCUCGCUACCAGCUUGUAUCCUAAAAAUUCUGAAAGAAACGUUUCAGCACUGCAAGGACAGUGAGGUGGUCUACUGUGGCCGUCUGUCCCUUGUGGCUGACUUGCUGCAGGGAUUAUUCAAGGAGGCUUAUUCGCUUCAAAAGGGUCUUUUAGAGCUGCUGGAUAAGAUCUGCCUUGACAACAGCGCCUCAGAUGAGGACGUCUCUGAUAUUGUUACAGUGAUUCAUAGUCUGCUGGAUAUCUGCUCUGUUAUCUCCAACCUGGAUGUAGCGUUGCAUGCAAACACGUGGAAGUUCCUCAUCAAAACGAGUCUGAAGUACCAGUCAUUGGUUGAGGAGCAUCUACAUCACAGUGAAAUCAGCAGCCGCCUUGUUGACAACCUGCUGACAUCCUUCCACAACUCUGUGGAGCUGGCUGAACAGAUUAAACAUGCUGGCUUACAGGAGGCCACGCAAAGUCCAGAAUACAAGCUGUUCCAAAAAAGUGCAAAGAUGUGCAGAUUUUUUGCCAACACUUUGAUUCAUUACAUAAAGGAGUUCAAAUUUUUUCUAACAAAAUCUUGUAGCUGCUUCCACCAGCUCUACCUCCAGAUCACGAGUAAAUUCCCUCCCAGCUUGUGCACUCCAGAACUGCCCAUAGCUUUGUCUCAGGAGCUAAAUGCAGCAGCUCUUGUUCCCAUGGAUGCCUUCCUGCUUCAGCUGUUGCCUUUAAGACCUUUUGCUGAAGCUGUCCUCCAGCAAGACCUGCGUUUAAGUUCUGAACAUGAGCUUCCACACUGCCUGUUGCUGGUGAGCGUCAUGGGACAGCUGGCCGGCCAACCUGAGGAGGUGCUGCAGCUUUGGUAUGCAGGGAGUCAGUUUUCAGAAGAAAAUAUCAGGCUUCCUCUCUUCCAGGCCGUCUUCACUAGUUUCCGGCGUUGCUAUACUGAGCGUAAGGUCCCGGUGCUGUUGCCUGGGGUGAUGUUGAAGGGUCAGGCACAAGUCCAAGUCACUCUGCAUCAACACAUCUGUGUGCACCUCUGUGCCAGUGUGGCUUGGCUUCCACCUGAAUACUUCCGUGUACUGGAAUGUUGCUUGGUUGAAGCUGUACUUCAGGCUGAUACUCAAACAGCUGUGUUGGCAGCAGAUGUUUGGUGCUUUACAGCACGGUAUGGGACAGCAGAGCUUUGCCUACAUCAUGUCCUCCUUAUUGCUCAACUGGUGAAAGCAUGUGCCACCGAUUGUUACCAGNCAAUGAAUAAAAAAAUAAUCUUAAUAAAUAAUGUCUUCUCCCAUAAUCUUAUGUAUUUAUUUUCACAGAUGGAGCUGGUGUCACAUUUUCCACCCUCUGAGAUGGAAAACCUUCGAGUUUGGCACCACGUUCUCCUCAGAGCUCUUUCUCAGGACAUCUGCCGGCAAGUAGUGACAGAAAUCACUGGUUUAACUGAAAAAGUGCUGGCUGACUGGCAGAAUGGAGGAUACAAACUGGGACAAGUCGGCAAAGUGAAUGCAGUGCUGAUGUCUCUCCUAUCGGCGGUUCGAGGCCAGUCCUCUCCCGAAGAGCAGUGCGUGUCGUCUUCUGUGAGGAUGGUCACACAGCUCUGGUUACGAAUGAGUCCAGACCAGUUGCAGACCCACCCUGCGCUCCAGUGGACGCUGCAGCUUCUCUUGUCACUGUCGGCUAUUUUAGUGAAGCACAUUGAACCUCACGUGAUUUGUCAGGCUCUGGUGUGUCUGGAUGCUGUGGUUUCUCAGAAGUGUGCAGAUUGGUUACUGCUGGCUGCUUUGGAGUUUCUCUGCUCUCUGGGGAAGAUUUUUGUCCCUCCUGACAGCCAGAGUCAAAUUCUUCCGAGGCUGAGUGGCCUGUUUGGAGUCCUUUUGGCUGACGAGUCUUGGCUGUUGCAGCAGCACACCCUGGAGGCCUUUUCUCAAUUUGCAGAGAAUACAAACCACGAAGAAGUAAUCUCUCAGAGUUUGAGUGUCGAAGAAACCAAAACCAAAGUGGUUAAUUAUCUUAGCAAGACGGUGAAUGCGCAGGAAAGCAAUGAGUUACGGCUCGAGAGGCUCAAACAUGAGACGCAACACAUCAAGCAACACAAUGAGAAGCUGGAGUGUAGCAAAGAAAAGCCUUUCAACAAACCAGCUUCUGAAGUUGUUCCAGACUCAGAGCCAUGCCCUAAGAGAGCUCGACAGGAGAACAGCGCAGAGCAGGAAUACAGCCGCUAUAUCCAGACAGCUGAGAGUGCUUUAAAAGCCCUUCAGGCUCUCACUGAUGGUAAAACUAACAGUAGUGCACCACCUCCACAGUGGCUGGACUCCAGACUACAGGAGCUCCAGACUCUCCUAACCCACAUCACUACAGUCAGACCCAGCAGCUCGAGAUAGUUUUUCAUCUCAGGGUGUUUGCUUUCUGUAUGGAAAACCCACAAAGUCCCCACAACUUUUGCUGCUAUUGAAAAUGGUUUCUCUCUCUUUUUAAAAAAAAUGUUAAUCUUUGUUCUUUUUUUUUAUUAAACCCGUUUCU